GCUACUCUACUCCCAGAAUCCGACAAACAGAUGCCCAUCCAUGAUUGCCUCAAGACUCUUGAAAACUUGAGGGGAGUGCAUCUGGAUUUGACGGACCAGGCCCUCCCCCGUGCAGAGACAAUGCUCUACACUGAUAGGUACAGUUUUGUGUGUGACGGAGUGUGGUAUGCUGGGGCGGCGGUGGUCAACCAGGACCAACAGGUGGAAUGGGAGCAGGGGGUACCUCAAGGGACAUCAGCACAGAGGGCUGAGCUGAUUGCUUUGACUAAGGCUUUGGAACUGGGGAAAGGAAAAAGGAUAAAUAUAUUCACCGAGAGCCGUUAUGCUUUUGCCACUGCCCAUGUGCACAGGGAGAUUUAUCAGAAUAGGCUGCUGACCUCCGAAGGAAAGGAAAUUAAAAACAAGACUGAAAUAUUGGCAUUACUACAAGCCAUCUGUUUGCCCCGAGAGUUUGCCAUCAUCCAUUGCCGUGGGAACCAAAAGGGGUCUAGCCCCGAGGUGAUUGGUAAUAAUGCUGCUGAUCAGGUGGCAAAACAAGCUGCCCAAAAAUCAGUGGGGAAGCAAAUGGUUUUGCUACCCAUGCCAGUACUCCCAGAAAAACCUGAAUACACAGAUAAAGAAGUGGCAGAAAUGAACAGGAAGCACUGGACUCAAGGAAAACAUGGGUGGUGGAUGACUAAUGAUGGAAGGGUGGUGCUCCCCGCCACUGUAGCACAUACAUUGCUGCGCGAACUACAUGAGUCCACCCACCUCGGUGAGAAAAGAAUGAUGGCUGCCCUGCGACCCCAUUUUGUCAGCGAGGGAUUGGCCCAAAAAGCCCAGGACAUGGUGAGACGAUGCCCCACCUGCCUCAAGGUUUGAUUCCAAGACCCUAGAACCACGUUGGAAGGGACCGGUUCCUGUUGUCCUGUCAACUCCCUUGGCAGUGAAGAUAGCUGGACAUUCUGCCUGGAAACAUCGCAACCAUCUGAAGGCAGGACCCCCUGCGGAUGUCACGAAGGACAAAUGGAAGGUUAUCAGCCAACCAGGUGACCGAAAGCUGAGACUGGGGAGGGUUGGAGAUAUUUCUCAUUCAUGAUAAUAUUCUCUGGGACACUGGCGGUACUGCCCCCAAGAAAAUUGGACCACACUGGAAAUGUAUGGUUCAACUGGCAAAAUCACUUAAUCUGUCUGAAUUCUGUCUAAAUAUAGAUGUAAAUUUCCAUUAUGUAUUAGGAAGCUGUCUCAUUCCAGUGUGUACCCCUUUAAGUUUAAUACGGCCCUAUACCCUGUUUAAGGAUAUCCCAGGGAAAAAAAUCUCACUUUAUAAAGAUAGUUACAAUUGGGGCAUUCCUCAUGUCAUAAACCUAAAAAUGCUGACAAAUUAUAUACACCCAGGAUAAUUAUGUCAAAUAAUACCCAACGUGCUAUAUAUGUAAAUUGUACAACCAAGUGUCUGAGAAUAAAACGAUCUGAAGGGAUGCCCUGCCAUAUAAAACAGAAAAUUGUGUAUAACAAUUGCCAUAUCUCCCUGCCAACAGGAUGGUUUUAUACCUGUGAAGGAAUAACUUUCAAUUAUAUUCCAGCCAAUUUAACCAAGACCCAUUGCAGCUUGAGUCGUCUAGCUGUAGUUUUACCAGAUAAAACUGAUUUGAUUAUGCCAAAUAGAACUAAAUGUUGGUCGCCUUAUACUGCGCCAGGAUGUGAUGAUGAUGUAAGUCUUUUGACAGAUGCUAAAGUGAUAUCUAUGAUAGCAUCUUUUGUUGCUCUGCCUUCCAUAGGAGUCCAUGCUGAAAAGGUGGUAUGAAAAUUAGCUUGCAAGGUGGUCAAAGGGUUAAAUGCUACCUCAUCAGCCUUGGCAUUAAUUAACCAGGAGUUACAAGAACAGAGACAGGCAAUCUUAGAUAAUAGAGCAGCUAUAGACUAUUUGUUGCUCUUUCAUCAUCAAGGUUGUGAAAGAAUAAAAAAUAUGUGUUGUUUCAAUCUGACUGACAAUAGUCCAGGAA